UGAAAAAUGUAAAAUAAGAGCAAGUGUAACGGUUAAAUAAUCACAUGAACAUGUAUAAUAUUUUAAAAUAUUUUAUGUUUACUAAAUGUGCAUGGCUUGUGUUAUUAUUGUUAAGAAAAAGGAAAUCUGAGAACUACUUUAUUGUAUAAUUUGUAUUUACAACCAACUUAUACAUAUGUGCGCGUGUUUAUGUAAAAUGAAAUUAACUUUUCUGAUUCGUUGGCACGUAUUUGUCAGGUGAGCCAGGUGACAAAUUAAACCUGGUUUCAAUUAAACUUAUACCUUAAAUACGCAUUCAUUGAUCGCAUUCAAAAGUUCGGGUAUUCUUUUUUUAUACAUCGAAAGUAUAUCUUUUCGCAAUAAAUUUUCGCUGACCGGACUCUCCAGACUCUACGAGGGUCUUUUUAGCUCUGGCGAGCAGUUUUUAGAAAAACACAUUGAAACCUAUAACGGUCAAUUAGAAUCUUAUCGCUCCUAUUUUACAAAUACGCUUGCAUUUACGAUAAAAACACUAACUACUGCCUGAGGAAAUUAACAACUGCCAAUGUAAUGAGUUCAAUAAAAGGCGAUAAACAAACGAGUGUAAAUGAUAAAAAUUUUAAUCAAGAUCAAAUUGAUAGUAUAAAUGGCAGUCAAGAGAACACAACGCAACCGGCAUGUCUGCUAGAGAACGCAACGCAACCUAAAUUAUUUACGUCAUCUUGUCGAGGCCGCCAACCGAAGUGCACAUUAAAGUUUGACAAUUGUAAUAAAAGGUCAUCGGAAUCGUCUGAAGUUAGCUCUUUGCUUAAUAACGGUAUCAAGAUGCGCACUAAGCUAAACCUAAAUCUAAGGCUUAAUAAAAUGCUAAAAGAGCGUAGUCUCGUUGUGGACAUGCUGGCAAUAUUUUUUGGCAUUGGAACUUGGGUCGGUAUAAAUGGAACGUUCAUACAAUUGCCCCUGCUAGUAGAAAUAGCGCCAGAAGGAUGGAGUUUACCUUCGUACUUAAGCGUUAUGGUACAAAUUGGCAAUUUGGGUCCUUUAAUUUAUACGCUUUUCGCGCAAAAAAAUAGCGCGACGAAGGAUACCAUCUUAAUAUAUGGAUUGUUAACCCUGGGCACAAUAUCGGCAUUGCUCACUGCUUUCUUUUAUAGUGAAACGGCAAUUGUUUUUGGCCAGGAACACAGUGUAGCUCUGUUUGUUUUGACAUUCUUAACCGCUAUUAAUGCGUGCAGUAGCUCCGUCUUAUUCAUGCCUUACAUGGGACGAUUCAAGGAGAUAUACUUGGUCACAUAUUUUGUCGGUGAAGGUCUGAGUGGUUUAUUACCCAGUGUUGUGGCUUUAAUACAAGGUAUCGGUACGACCGAAUGUAUUUUAACCAACACCACUUCCGAGGGAGAAAAAAUUUAUGAGAAGAAUACACCUCCACCCCUUUUCGAUACCAAAGUGUUCUUCAUUUUUAUAUUUGCCAUGAUGGUACUCAGUUGUGGGGGCUUCUUUCUGUUAGAUCGUCUUAAAUUGGCUAAAGAACAGUACGCCAACGUGGGGGUAAUACAAGACAACAAUUAUGUUUGUGACACGGACACGAAACCCACUCCUAGCCGUAAUAAUGAUUCGGAGACCGAAGGUCAAUCUAAAUUAACUUCCAACCAAUAUGUCUUUAUGCUGCUCCUAAUUGCGGCGAUAUGUUUUUUUGCUAACGGUGUCUUUAAUAGCAUACAAUCUUACUCAUGUCUGCCGUAUGGAAGCGCAGCGUAUCAUUUAUCAGCAACUCUUAGUGUUAUAGCGAAUCCGAUCGCAUGCUUUUUGGCCAUAUUUUUGGGACGUACUUCGUUGCGCUCAAUCUGUACAUUGACUGGCUUAGCUAGCCUUUUGACAAUCUAUGUGCUUGUUACAGCCGCGAUGUCUCCAAAGCCUCCACUGGUUAAUAGUGAAAUGGGAAAAAUACUGGUGAUAUUUAUAUGGACGCUACUGAUCGGUUUAGUGAGCUACAUUAAACUGAGCAUAUCAACUGUAAUGCAUUCUCAAGGCGGUAAAUCAUUAGUUUGGACUGGCUGUGUCGUACAAGUGGGAUCGUUAGUCGGUUCCCUACUCAUAUUUGUUCUCAUAAAUUUCACGGGGAGUUUUAAAGCCGCUUAUAAUGACAAUGACCCUUGUUAAGGUGAAAUCAGCAGCGCGCAUGUACUUAAGUUAACUACGAUUUUUGAUCUUAGUUACUUAGUUAGUUAAGUUUUACAUAUAUAAAACGCAAAAAUAUACACUCGGUUUGUCUUAGGGACGCAAUUUAAAUAUUUAUAAAAAAGAAAAAAAAACUUUCCAUUGUUCCUAAAGAAUACUAAGCAAUAAAGCAAAAUUUAUGAUGUCAUAGAUAUAUACAUAAUU